UCCCAGUACGGGGCGCACUAUAAAACACUGACCGCGGCGCGUUGAUACAAAACCGUGUCCGCUAUAUUCGCGUCAUGAAGUCAUUAGCAUUGUGUGUCGUCACAGCAAGUCUGUUAGGAUUUAUAUCCGCAGAGGCACCUGGCGGAUAUAACUACAACAGACCGUCAGGUGGUGGCGGUUUUGGAGGCGGUGGCGGCGGUUUCGGAGGAGGCGGCGGAUACUCCGGAGGCGGUGGCUAUUCCGGAGGAGGCGGCGGCGGAAACUACAUCGAAGUAGCCCCGAGUGGCAACACCAACGAGGGCCAAUACGUAGAUCAGCAACUCUUAGAAAAGAUUAAGCAACUUUUGAUCAAAGAAGAAUCUAAAGAGUCUUCCGGAGGUGCCGGAGGUUACCCAUCAUCACCCUCAUCUAGUUACGGAGCCCCCAGCUCGAGUUACGGAGCGCCUAGUUCGUCCUACGGAGUUCCAUCCUCGUCUUACGGAGCUCCUAGCGGCGGGUACGCUUCGAGAGUCGUCGGAAUUGAUCUCGAGGGUGUGAAACAAGCUAUUCAAAUUGCUCAAUAUGAACAAGCUAACGGCGGUGGAAGCGGUGGAUAUCCGUCUUCAUCCUACGGUGCACCCUCCUCCAGCUACGGUGCCCCAUCGCGUCCCUCCAGCUCCUACGGAGCUCCCUUCUGAAAUCCUCCCUCUCCUUCUUCAUCCCUCAUCUUCCUCUCUCCCUCCCCUGUGUUGUUGAUCCAUUCCUCAUUUGUCAUAUGCCUCGCAAUUUCAACCUUGGGUAAAGUUCCUCCAUUGACGCCACUCCCUAUCGUCCUACUAUUUUACAUGACCAUAAUCAUUUUUCCUCUCUUCCCAAACAAGAAAAAAAAUGUAUAAAACCUCGAAAAAAAAUUAAAAAAAUAAAAACCACGUUUGCCACUGUGA